UGUCAUUAUACUCCCGUGCGGACAGAGGGCGAUAUUGCGUUGCACCAGUAACUCACUGCACACACUAGCAAAGAGAGAGGAUGAGAAGCUUCUGUUCGUGCUACGAUGGCGUCAGAAGUGAAACCUGUUUUUGAGGAGAACACUGCACUAGGAUUCCUGUAUAGGCUGAUGAAUGGAGCGUUUCAGGACAGAGACUCCAAAGAUUGCGUUCUCUCCAAGGCUAAUGAUUGUAAGGACAACUUCAGCAUAUCUCCGCCCCAUCACGCAAAAGACAAACCGCCCCUGCCGACUCUUAGAAAGGUUUCAGUGAUACUGGAGGACUGCAGGAAAUUACUGGGAGACCGUUUCAGACAAUGUGAAAGAGAGGAGAAUGGAUUUGAGGCUUCAAUUCCUCUUGGACGGAGCCCUAGCCGCAAACAGCCGAAGAACAGAAAGAGCUCCUCUACAUCAGUAAAGCCUAAACACCAACAAACAUUUUUCACGAUAAAGAUGCACCACUGUAAACAGUGUGGGAAGAGUUUUAGUAAUUAUAAAGAUCUAAGGAAUCAUCAGAAAGUGCACAAAGGGAAGUCCUACCACUGCUCUGACUGUGGAAAGUACUUUUCUAUCUUAAGUGCUUUGAGAGUACAUCGGACAGUUCAUACUGGAGAGAAACCUUACUCGUGCUCUGAAUGUGGGAAGAAUUUUAAGCACAUGGCAAGCCUACGAGAACAUCAGCUAAGACACAUCGGAGAAAAACCCUUUAGCUGUCCUGACUGUGAAAAGAACUUUAUAACACAACGUUAUCUGAAUAAACAUCGGCGAACUCAUACCGCUGAGAAGCGAUACCCCUGUCCUGACUGUGGGAGAGGCUUCACUACGGCAGGACUUGUGAAAAGACACAGAAGAAUCCAUACUGGUGAGAAGCCAUACCAGUGCUCUGACUGUGGGCAAGGCUUUGCCAGAUCCGAGGCAUUGAAAUCUCACCAGCUUACUCAUAAUGGAGAAAAACCUUAUUCUUGCCCUGAUUGUGAGAUGAAUUUCAGCUCAUCAGCGGGCCUGAAGUAUCAUCAAAUGAAUCAUACUGGAGAGAAGCCCUACCACUGUGCAGCCUGUAAUAAGAGAUUCAAGUCAGCUACAAGUUUAAAGUCUCAUCAGAGGACGCACACUGGAGAGAAACCUUACCAGUGUCGUGACUGUGGGACAACAUUCUCCAGUCUCAGUAAUUUUAAAAUACACCAGCGCAUUCAUUCUGGAGAGAAGCCUUACUCUUGCCCUGACUGUGGAAAAAGAUUUUCUGCAGCAUCCUCUGUUAAAGCGCACCAGCGGUCACAUACUGGUGAAAGACCUUUUCCAUGCUCUCAUUGUGGGAAGGGCUUUACCAUAAAGGCACAUCUUGUGGUACACAUGCGCAUACACACUGGAGAGAGGCCCUACCACUGCACUGUCUGUGAUGCAACCUUCUCCUCUUCAGGUCCCUUGGUGAGACACAUGCGAAUACACACUGGGGAGAAACCUUAUAACUGCAUUCAUUGUGACAAGAGCUUCAAAACCUUGCAUGAAAUUACUGGUCAUACAAGGGUGCAUACAGGAGAGAGACCUUACCACUGCUCUAAGUGUGAGAAGAAGUUCAAGGGCCUGGGAGACUUGAGAAAACAUGAGCACACGCAUACUGGAGAAAGAGUAGCAUGUGGUCAGUGUAAGAAGACCUUUGCCUCCAAUGGAGGAUUAAGGUUACACAAAAUGUCACACACAGGAGAGAAGCCCCACCACUGCACUGUCUGUGGGAAGAGAUUUAUAUCAACGUUUCUUCUGAAAACACACCAUAGAGUGCACAGUGGAGAGAAGCCUUACAGUUGCUCUGACUGUGGGAAAAUGUUUUCCCAACUGGCUAACUUAUGGACCCACCAGCGCAUACAUACUAGAGAGAAUUUGUAAUGCUGCUCUGAAUGUUGAAUGUUAUUUAUUUCAAAAUCUCGCUUGAAGGUGGACGUGGUAUUCCAUAGAGACGAUCAGCCUUAUUCCUGUGGCCGGUUUGGAAAACCAAACACACACCCAAGCCUAUUGGUGAAAAACGGUCCCAUUGCUCCAACUGUGGUAAAAAUGUCACCACAUCAGGCCUGAAGUCACAAGUAUUUGCAUACUGGAGAGAAGUCUGAAAUGUCUUGGUUGUGGAAAGGGUUUUGCAUUAUCACGUCAGUUGAAAAUGCAUUACAGGGUUCACAGUGGUGAGAAGCCUUACAUGUGUAAAGACUGUGGGAAGUGUUUUCCCCAGCCCUUUAAUUUGAAGUGUCAUCAGAUACAACACACUGGAAUAAAACCACACCGCUGCUCUGACUGUGGCAAAGCAUUCACCUUAAGCAACCUAGUGCAACAUUGGUGUGUGCAGACUGAAGAGAAGUCCUACCACUACCUUGAAUGUUGAAAUAUCUUUUCAGUAUUAAAAGAACACAAGCGUGUUCACUCUGGAGAAAAGGUUUACUGUUGCUCGGACUGCAAGGAGGACUUUGCACGACUUUGUAACUUAAAAGAAACACCAGGAAACAUCACAAGCAACAUGCAGUAGUCAAAGCUAAAAAGUAGAUGACAGUAGGGCCAAGAGCUUCUCUUUGCUCCAAAUGGUAGCGCUUAAAUAAUCAAUGUACACCUCUACAUAAGUGUUUUAAAAAAAAAUUAACUGUGGGAAUAAAUGUGGAUUGUACCAGUAUGGGGAAAACAUUUGAACCAAUUCAAUGUUAGCGAUGUAGAGUUAUUAUAGCUAAACAUUGUUACGCUUAAACUUUUAUGCUAUAUGAAACUGAUUUGGCUUAACAGAUGUGUAAUUUUCUAUUAAUGACAGUUUAAUGGAACAUUCCAUGUGGUUAUAAUAUAAACGUAGUAUAUGAUUUCCUAUGCAGUUCAAUAGUAAUCUACUAUGAAUAAUUUGUAUGGUUUUAGUACCAAACAUUCACAAAAUGAUUAAAUGCUCUUUAACCCUGAA